AUGACCGACGGCGUCUCCAAGUCGCAGGCACGUUUGCCUUCUUUGAAAUCGUCCGAUUCCCCGGAAGGAGAGCGGGAGGACGUCGCCACAGAACAACCAUCAGGGUCGGGCGAGCUUGGCUCCGAACACUCACGGAGCUCCACGGAGCAGCCCUCUGCGAAGAAAGAUCCCACCCCAGACACGCACACGAAGAGGCGGUACGACGCGUCUUGUGACGUUGGCCGCUCGCCGACGAAGAGAGUCCGACUGGUACGGACAAAGCCGCAUAGGCCUGAAUCCCGGGAGGAGGAAAUAAGACAGGUAGACGAGUCGACCCAACAGCGGCAGCCAGCACCUCCCCAGCUCUCACACGUCUCGUCUCUCGAGCGCCGAGCGGACGGACAAGGCCAAGGAUCACCGACUACUGGCCUGCGGAAACGACAGAUUGGCAGUGACAGUGACGACGGCGAACAUCGAUCAAAGCAAAGCCGUCUGACGCGAAAGAACUUGGCUCUUUUCAACAAGAUGGCGAAGAGAAAGGAGGAAAAAGCAUCGGCAUCCGCACCCGCCGAUACCACUGUCGGCUCGUCAACAACAAAGACCACCUCGACGACGACGUCUGGCUUUGCUAUUCAGGCCAACAACAAUGGCAUCCUCAACCCCCGCACCUCUAAGCCUCCCGCGAAUUACAAGGAAAUCCGUGAGCGAUGUGCUAGAUCUCGCAGAAGUGCUUCACCCACCGAGUCGGUAUAUGAGGGCUAUGUGAAGACAGUUAGAAAGGCCGUUAACGAAGCAACCAUGGUCGUUGAAGUCAGUGCGCUGCUGAAGAAAAACGACGACGAGGGUUACACAAGAGCCUUCAAUCAGGCAUUCACAGGCUUCCCUAAAGACGCUGGUUUCAAUAAUCGCCUACCUGCUCCUCAGCCUGACUUUAUCGAGGGUCUGACGAGGGAAGACUACAAACCGUUCCCAGUUGAUGAGCAUAUCGAUGGGGCCGUUCUUUAUAAGGACAACACCGACUCUAUAACACUGCCACAUUUGGCCGGAGAGUGGAAAGGCCCCGGCGGGAAUAUGAAUGAAGCCAUGCUGCAAAGCGCCUAUGACGGGGCUGCUCUCGUCUACGCCAGGAACCAGGCCCUUGCCUAUCUCGGGAAAUCCGACCCCCCAGGCCAUGCCGAGAUUAUGACUUUCACUACAGACGGUACCAACCUCAACCUUUUUGCACACUACGCUACUACACUGGAGGACGGCAGCCAUGAAUAUCACCAGUAUCCUAUGACGUCGACAAACCUCCUAGUCUCUCACCAGGGGCAUAACGACGGCCGAAGAGAGCUCAGAAAUGAACAGGACCAUGCAUGGGAACAGUCGCGCGCCCUGAGGGACCAGUUAAAGGAGCACUGGAAGAAGCGUGGCCGCGGUCUUCAGUCCAUCGCCGAGGCAUAUCCUCCGCCCGGGCCGGGCUUCAAGGUGCCCAGCAGCACGAACGUUUACGACGACCCGAACAACAACGAAGGCGGUCUUGAUCAGGUCGAGCAGCCACGCAAACUCACUCCCCCAACUUCGUCCAACCUGGAACGCCCAUCCACCCACGACAAGAAGACAAGCCCCCGAUCAUCGUCUUCGAAGUCACCGCCACCGGCAAGGGACCACCACCAUGACGGCGGCAGUGCCCAGAAACGCAAAGCCUCGUCGCAGGAAUCCUCUCGCAGAUCAGACAGACAAAAGAGCAGAGGGAAAAGCUACUGGAAGCAGGAUCCUGACAGCGGGCGUCUCUUUCAUGAACGUUCCGAUGGUAGGAUCACUUGGCGAGAUGAUUACGACGAUGGAUAUUGA